AUGGAUAUAAAUUAAUGUUUAAGUAACUUAAAAGAUCAUUAAAUAAUUCUUGAUGAAUCGACUUUGUUAAAUAUAUCAUUUAUACUAAAAGAAAUAUUCCUUUAAGAGCCCAAUAUAAAGUCUGUAAACCUUCCGGUAAAUAUAUGCGGGGAUAUUCAUGGCUAAUUUUUCGAUUUAUUGAAAUUAUUUAAUUUAUCAGGUUAACCACCCCACUAAACAUAUAUAUUAAUAGGUGAUUUUGUCGACCGAGGAUAUCAUAGUGUUGAAACAAUUUAAUAUUUACUUUGUUUAAAAGUAAAAUAUCCUGAGAAUGUAAUCCUUGUAAGAGGAAAUCAUGAAACUAGAGCAGUGUCAAAAAUUUAUGGUUUUUAUGAUGAAAUAAUUAGAAAAUAUGGAAAUCCGUAUCCAUGGAAAAUUAUUACUGAUAUAUUCGAUUAUUUACCAAUUUCAGCAUUAGUUUAGGGUAAAUUUUUUUGCGUACAUGGAGGUCUUUCGCCUUAAAUAAAAACUUUAGACUAAUUAUAGGUAAUAAAUAGGUGUACUGAUGUACCUUUAGAAGGACCUUUUUGCGAUUUAUUAUGGAGUGAUCCUGAUGAAAAUGUUGAAACUUGGGGAUGUAGCCCAAGAGGAGCAGGUUGGGCUUAUGGGUGGAAAAGCAAUGAAUAAUAAAGGAUGUGUUGGAUAGUUUAGUGA